CCAGAGGAACUUGCCAUGAAAAAAUGAGACACACAAACUCUGAGAAUUACCUUGCCUGCCACUGCCAUGGCCAAGCUCCCCGUGCCCCUCUCCUGGAAGCGACUGCUCACGCUUCUCAAAGCCGAGAAGGAUUCCCUGUCCGCACUCUCCCUGUUCGAUUCCGCGACCCGACAUCCGGGUUACACCCACUCUACCCACGUAUUCGAACAUAUCCUUCGUCGACUCAUCGAUUCAAGACUCGUCGUCCACGUAUCUCGGAUCGUUGAACUCAUAAAAACGCAGAAAUGCCAAUGCACAGAAGAUGUUGCUUUAAUAGUUAUCAAAGCUUAUACAAAGAACAAAAUGGUAGAUAAAGCUUUAGAUACUUUUCAACAAAUGGAGGAUAUUUUUGGUUGUAAGCCUGGAAUAAGGUCGUAUAAUUCUUUGUUAAAUGCUUUUAUUGAGUUCAAUCAGUGGGAUAAGGCCGAGUCUUUUUUCGCUUAUUUUGAAACCAUGGGUAUAUUGCCAAAUUUGCAGACUUAUAAUAUUUUGCUUAAGAUUUCGUGUAGAAAGAAGCAAUUUAACAAGGCGAAACAGUUGUUGGAUUGUAUGUGGGGAGGAGAUUUUAAGCCUGACGUGUAUAGUUAUGCUACUGUCAUUAGUGGGAUGGUGAAAGGUGGGGAUUUGUCAUUUGCGUUGGAGGUGUUUGAUGAAAUGUUUGAAAGACGAGUGAUACCUGAUGUAAGGUGUUAUAAUAUAAUGAUUGAUGGUUUUUUAAAGAAAACGAAUUAUCAUAAGGCUAAAGAAAUUUGGAAGAGGUUAUUGGAGGCGCCUUCGGUUUAUCCAAAUAUAGUUACUUAUAACAUUAUGAUAAGUGGGCUGUGCAAGUGUGGGAGGUUUGAUGAGAGUUUGGAAAUGUGGGAAAGAAUGAAAAAGAAUGAACGUGAAAAGGAUAUGUUUACAUACAGUAGUUUGAUACACGGGUUAUGUAAAGUAGGGAACAUUGACGGGGCUGUAAGAGUUUAUAAAGAGAUGGUUGAAAGUGGUGUAGUUAUUGAUGUUGUUACUUAUAAUGCAAUGCUUGAUGGGUUUUGUAAAGCAGGGAAGAUUAAGGAGAGUUUUGAAUUGUGGGCGGUGAUGGAUAAGGAAAAUUGUCAGAAUAUUGUUAGUUAUAACAUAUUGAUCAAAGGGUUGUUUGAGAAUGGAAAGGUGGAAGAAGCAAUUUUCAUUUGGGAAAUAUUAUGUAAGAAUGAUGGUGGAUCUGAUUCCACGACUUAUGGUGUUCUAAUUAAUGGUUUGUGCAAGAAUGGACGUGUAAAUAAGGCUUUGAAGAUAUUGAAAGAGGCUGAAGAUGGAUGUGCUGAGUUGGAUGCUUUUGCAUAUUCUUCAGUGGUUGAUGGUUUGUGCAAAGACAGGAGACUAGAUGAAGCAAUCAACAUGGUGUUUCGGAUGGAAAAACAUGGCUAUAAGCUGGAUCCUUAUGUUUGCAAUCCACUGCUUUUUGGAUUUGUUGGAGCUUCCAAACUCGGGGAGGCAAUAAGCUUUUUGAGGGAAAUGGAGCGUCAGGGUUGCUCUCCUACUAUUGUCUCUUAUAACACACUUAUAAAUGGUUUAUGCAAAGCAGAAAGAUUCGGUGAGGCAUAUUCUUUUGUUAAGGAGAUGCUAGAGAAAGAGUUGAAGCCAGAUGUAAUCACAUGUAGCUUGUUGCUGGAUGGCCUUUGUCAAGUAAAGAAGAUUGACAUGGCCCUCAACUUGUGGCAACAAGCUCUUGAAAAAGGUAUUAAGCCUGAUGUGACCAUGCACAAUAUUCUGAUGCAUGGGCUUUGCUCUGCAGGCAAAAUUGAAGAUGCUUUGCAGCUUUAUUCAACUAUGAAGCGAUCAAACUGUGUUCCCAAUCUUGUCACUCACAAUACCCUCAUGGAGGGGCUGUAUAAAGCCAGUGACUGUGAAAAGGCAUUACAGAUUUGGCAAAGUAUUUUAGAUGCUGGCCUACGGCCAGAUAUUAUCUCAUAUAAUAUCACUCUUAAGGGACUUUGCUCUUGCAAUAGAAUAACAGAUGCCAUCAGCUUUUUAAAUGAUGCUUUGAAUCGGGGAAUAGUUCCUACUGCUAUUACAUGGAAUAUCCUUGUCAGAGCUGCAGUUAAUUGUGGGACUUCUUGAUUUGUUAGAGUUUAAAAUACCAGGAAGUCCUGCAACUCCUAGUGAGGAGAUGCUAAGCUACCAUGAAGUCCUGGAUUCAAGUAAAUGGACUCUCUUAUGGGAUCACUCUGAAUGGACGAGAAAUAAAAGAAAGAAGAAGGGCAUUUCAAUCCAAGAGACGCAUCAGCAGUUGAAGGCAAAGAAAGAGGAAGAGAAAGAAGUGGGAAUAUCCGGAAUCAGCAGUUAGUUGAAUUCCCGGUACAAGAGUUCUCGUAUCUGAUCAACCAGUAACCGGUGUGGGAGU